GCAGCUGUGUCAGAAGUCAGAGACAAACUACAGGACGUCCUGAUAGAGGAAUGGACAAACAUCUCACUGACAGUGACUGAAGUGGAUGUUUUACUGUCACCACCAGAGCCAAAGACCAGAGCUGGAUUCUUAAAAUAUUCACGUGAAAUCACACUGGAUCCAAACACAGCACACACACAGCUGUUAUUAUCUGAGGGGAACAGAAAAUCAACAGCAAUGAAAAAACAACAGUCUUAUUCUCGUCAUCCAGACAGAUUCACUGGAUGUCAUCAGGUCCUGAGUAGAGAGAGUCUGACUGGACGUUGUUACUGGGAGGUGGAGUGGAGAGGAGGAGUUUGUGUAGCAGUCGCAUACAAGAAUAUCAGCAGAGACAGGGGGAGUGAAUGUGUAUUUGGAUUCAAUGACAAAUCUUGGGCGUUACAAUGUAAAACCAACAGUUAUAAGUUUUGGUACAACAAUGUCCACACUCCUGUCUCAGGUCCUCGGUCCUCCAGAGUAGGAGUGUACCUGGAUCACAGUGCAGGUAUUCUGUCCUUCUACAGCGUCUCUGAAACCAUGACUCUCCUCCACAGAGUCCAGACCACAUUCACUCAGCCGCUCUAUGCUGGAAUCUGGUUUUGGUAUUUUGGAAACACUGCUGAGUUGUGGAAACUCAAAUAGACAGAUGUCAUUUUAAGAGACGGCAGGUUAAAUUGUGUGUUUAUGAUCUGAAACAUAUUUUGUGUCCAUGAUUGUUUCUGAGAGCUGAUUUCUCUUUUCAUGUCUUCACUGCACAGAGAUCACCUGUCAAUCAAAGAUUAUGGGCGGUACUUAGACAUCUUGUCAUUAGUUGCUGUGUAAAUGUUUGAGUUUCUUAAGGUGGCGCUCCUUCCUGUGUCUGUUUAGCCAUGGAGUCUGUCACUGCUCACCAUGAUGUUUGUCUCUGGAUGGAAAUGUUAACUUCUCUGUGCUCAAAAUAUUUGAUGAUUAUUUGUAUUGUUGUAUUUGGAAACAACAGAGCUUCUUUUAUUGUAAAUAAGUUUGGUCUGUUUUUGUAAAUCUGUGUAAGAGAUCUAUAAUUGCAUUGACAUGUUUUGGCAGCUCAGACGAUGUACAUAUGAGACACUAUGAUGUAUUGCAAACAUUGCUUAUUUACAUCCUGUCAGUCAACAGAUUU